GAGAGAAUUAGUCGUACACUUCAAAAGACCGCAAAACACGCAUCACGUUAAAGAGCGGUGCUGCUCUCGGAGCUGGCAACGCUGACGCUUUUAUCCUGAUCAAGUAACGGCCGGAUAGGAGUCCGACAGCACCUCACAACCGGCAUUUGAGCACAACUGAGUGGCAAUCUCUUAUCUAAUGAUAAAGGGACUGGACGCCGGUUGACUGUUUAUUUAGAAGUGCUGUCGAGCAGAAACGAAUCUCCUUCCUGGAAAGAUCUCGUGCCGGAUUACACAGCACCGCAAUGCGAAUGUCGAGCGAAAAGACGCUUAAAGCAGCACAGCUGUAUUUAACAUGGGCGAAAAAAGAGGAAUUAGCCGCCACACCGACAGCUGAAUCGUGAGAGAUGUUCUGUCUCCCCGCUCUGAGGUAAAAACGGCGCUGUGAGACUGCAUGAAACGGCUGUUUUUUCGAGAUCGUCAACUAAUCUAACGUUACAGCAGUGCAUCUUCAUAUGAGACAGCGCGAGAUAAUCUGGCCGGUGCGCGGCGGACCACGAAUAAUAUAUACACUGAGGGGUGGCAUUCGUAUUCAGAGACCGGUCGGUGUCUGACCGUGUCCCACAUGACCUACUUUCAAAAGCUUUAAUGCGGGAGAUGCAGCCGCAGUGAGAAGCAAAAGAGACUUUCCGCACUGAAAAACAGCUCCCUGUUUACUCACAUGUGUGACCGAGGUCGUGUGGACCUCAGAUGACAUGAACGUCACGGCCCUGGAAGACUUGAACAGUGAGAAAGAAGCAUCCUCUUCGAUUGCUUUAUUUAUUUAUUAUUUAUUUAUUUUUUAAAUCGUAAUUGUUUUAAGUAGAAUCUACCAUGUCGAUAACUCUAAAGACUUGAGCAAACGGGGGAAAAGGGACACUGGUUCCAUUGACCUUUGCACUUGCAACAGCAGGAUUAUUUAUUUGAGCUAAAACCACAGUCAUUUCAGUACAUGCUGAUGGGAUUUGUAUUAAGCCAUGGGAUUUGCCUUUGCCAUCUGAAAUCUGCGCUUGAACUCCAUAAAAGCUUCUAAAGGAUUAUUAAAAUGACAUUUGUGUCUCUGUGAUGUCAUCGAGUUUGAAAGUCAAGCCUUCUCUAAGUAAUACUAGUUAUGUAACGACUACCUACAACAUCGUAGGGCUACAUACAUGUUAUCAGUCAGUGAAUCUAAUUCAACAAUGAUUCUAAGAUCAGGAGAUAUUUUUUACGCUACUCUGUGAAUUGAUCUUUCGGUCCAGUCAUGUGGUCACUUCCAUUACUACGUCACACUGAAGUUCCACCAAAAGUGACUGAGAACUUCAUUCUGUCUGGUUAUCGUUUCCCCAACUACAGUCUACGGGAGUGCCUAGCCUCUGCUUUUCGUCCCACCAAUGAGACCGGAAACUUCUGGACACACUUCCUCCCCAUCUUUGUGUUCACCUAUCACUUUCUGGAGGUUUUCACAUGGGAAGGAGCACCUGAACCUAGCAAUCCUUUUUUCUACCCUUUCUGGAACUACUUCCUGGGAGUGUUGUACCUGCUGCUAGGCAGCAGUUUGGCUCAUCUCCUCAACUCCAUGUCACUCAUCAUUCGUGAAAUCUGUUUCUUUGUGGACUAUGGGACUAUUAGUGCGUAUACAGUGGGUUCUUCACUAGCGUAUUACUACUACAUCCAUCCUCAAGCAGGAAUACCAGAGAUUGGAUUUGAGGGACAGAACUCUACUCAAAGAAAGAGCCUGAACGCUGAUGAAGAGUCUUGGCUCUCUGCAUCUUUUCACACUCAGGUCCAACAGUUCUUUGAAAGCCUCUACAUCCCCUCCUCCUGUCUGAUCGCUAUCAUAUGCGUCAUCACCUGCUGUAACACCAGACAGUGCUGGCGGAAGUACCGCUAUGCUGUCCGCACCCUCGUCUUCCUCCUUCCGUUUUUCAUCUCCUCUACACCUGUCUUCUAUCGUCUCUCCAUGAGCUCUCCGUCAUCCUCCUCCCCUCAUCUGUUCUCCACCAUGGCUGCCUUCUUCUACCGUCAUUGCUUUUGGCUGGUGGUAUCUGCCAUCUUCAAUAUCAGUAAGAUCCCAGAACGUUUUUCUCCUGGGAUCUUUGAUAUCUGGGGUCACAGCCAUCAGUGGUUCCAUUGCUGCACGUUCCUGUCGAUACUGGACGAGCUGCAAAUGAUCAAAGUGGAGAUGUGGGACCUGCUUCUCAACCCAACUUUGGUACUUUCAUCUGCAACGCCACCUAGGCUUCCUGGACCAACACUCUGGUCCACCUAUGGGGUCAUGGUGCUCCUGCAGGGGUGCAUAGCAUGUGUCAUAGCCUGGUUUGGUUGGCAGGCAUAUCAGAUCUACCAACCAGAGCAAAAAAAGAUAAAGGGACAUUAGGAGGCACUGCAUGCUGCUCAGGAUUAAAGUUCUUGUUUUGGAUUUUAUGUUUUGAAUAAUGUUUUAAUGAUUUCUGCCGUAUCACUUAUUAAAUGGAUUGGUCACCCAAAAAUGAUAAUUGUCAUUAUUACUGAACCUCAAGUUGUUUCAAAAUUCAUCUGGCUUUCUUUCUUUUGCAAAAACACAAAAUAUUUGAAUAUUUAUGAAUAGGACCCAGAACUUUCAAGCUCUAAGAAGGACAUAAAGGGCAACAUGAAAUUAAACCAUAUGAAUACACUGGUAUAUUCAAAGUCUUCUUCACUUUGUACGAUGAAGGGAUCCAAUCUUAAGCCUUCUGCUUUCCACAUAAGAAAGAAAGGUUUGUAAUGAAAUUAAGGUGUGUAAAUGAUGACAUCAUUUUCAUUUUGGGUGAACUGUCCCAUUAAGUUUGAUAUGGCCACAGGAAAAAAAGUGCACAGUAGGCAUUAAUUGACAAAAACUGUGAAUGUUUCAGCAGGUUUUAUUGUAAGGACGUUGGAGGUAGACUGUUUUUUGCUGUCAAGUGUCAAAGUCCUCGCUACUCUGUAAUCAGCAAGCUAGCUCUGCCAUGUUUGCUCCCCAGGGACUGAAUUGUUGAGUGAACUUUCCAGAAAGUUCACAUAAGUUUCACUCAAGAGGGGUGCAUGAUUGAGCUUUUACUGGGACACCUUAUAUUGAAACACUUUCCAUCACUGAAAUUCUUUUUCUCAGUCUAUCGAUCACUGUAUCGCUUUUCCUCUCAUCUGCCCACUUACAUUUCCUCCCUCUUUUUAACAAACCCUUCAAACUGGAAAAGCAGACAAACACAAAUAAGCCAAAAAUGUUUGAAGCAAAGGGAAAUGAGAGGGGUGGAGUUUGCAUGCUGCUUUACAUCACUGUAGUGCUAAACUACACCCCUUCACAGUUUCUAAUAAACAUUAUAUUUCACUCUAUACUGUCAUUACUGUCGAUUAUAGACCUUAACGUGUGUGGCAGCAUUAGGUAGUAACCAUAGAUUUCAGUUUAAAUUCUAUAUUUUAAGCUACUGUAACUAUGCAUUGUUAUUGAUUGUAAACGCUUCUCUAUGACUUGACAUUUGAAGGCCUUUGCGAAGACGAAGCCAUAUCAUAAGGGCCUUUUGCACCACGUGAAUCUUUUCAUAGUACCAGAACUAAUUGUGGAACUACCCAAUUUUUGGCGUUUUCACACUAAGUAGACGUUGAAAUGCCAGCUUAUUUUGCAAGUAUGGAGAACAGCGUUAGAAGAACUGACGCUGAAGUGCAGGUACUUGUAGCAAAGGUAGAACUUCCAGUUCUAGAUGGAGAUUCUUAAUCCUCCUUUCCAUUCUUUCAAUCGCUUAAUGUAGCUAUACGCCGACAUUCCAUAUCCUUUAUUGUGAAACUCGCGAGACACAACAAAAACACAGCUCCGAUCACAGCGUCCUCCAUCCUCCUGUUGUUAAUGUUGUUCUUCUUCGUUUUCGUUGUAGAUCGCAGCCCAAAAAUUAUGUCGCUGUCAACCGGCUUACGUCACUUCCUAGAACACACUGUUGAUGCGAAUGCAACCCUUUAAUUGGUGCUGGGAAGUAGUUUGCGCAAAAUCGUCCCAGUACUUCAGCUUUGUACAUUUAGCUCUGGAACUAAAGCAGUGCGAAAGGCACUAUUGUUUGAAAAACAUAUCAGUAAGUACUGUUUUUACAUGUAAAGACCAUUUUUGAAAAAAAAAAAAAAAAAAACAGGUUAACUGUAAUCAUGCAUUACACAAAAAUGUCUGUGGUAGCCUAUAUCAUAGUUGUUAAUAACUUCUAGAAAGUGUUACUUGUUGGCUGUAUUCAGCUUUGUUGUACUGCAUACAGCCUUGAGUUGUCUUUUUGCUGGGUAGUUAAAUGUUCCUUCAUCCAAUCAGAAUCAGAUAAUUUCAGUAAGUGGUGCUCUUUUAAGAGAGUGUGAAAAGUGCUUUAAUGAAACACCUGUUGACAAAACAGACAGGUUGUUUAGUCUGAGGGAUUGGUGUGGUUUAACAAUGUGUAAACAUGUCUUUCUGUUGCUGUGAAUUACAAACUGGUGUCAUUGAUGAAUCAGAUGUUGUGACUGUCCAAAAAAAAUGUUAUGUCUCUGUUGUUCUGUCCUCCAAUUUCAAGAGUCAGGCAGGCCUAAUAGUUGCAAUAGCUGUGAGGACAUAUUAUAUAUAUAUAUUUUUUUUAAUUUAGUCUUUUAUGUAUUUCAUCAUUCACAGGGAUCCAUUCGUCAUUCAUUAAUAACUUGAGUUUUGAAAGCCUCAUACUUAAUACUAUUGUAUCGUAUAAUGAGAUAAAUAAUUUAUUACACUGUGUUGCACAAGUGUAGUAUUAAAAUCUAGACAGAAUAUAUGAUUUGCACAUAAAUGACUUAAUGUGUCUGCGCUGGACUGUGAUCUUGACUGGGACCCAAUGUACAUUUUUUUCCUGUUUUAAUAUAUUGAGGUGGGUUAUCUACAAAGUCCAAAGGUUUCAGCAAUUUUGACAGAGCAUUGUUGGGCUGUUCGUGACUUUUGUUUGCCGUCAUGCAAGUCUGCCAACUUUGUGCUCGGCUUAUGCUAACACCUCACUUCUGUAUUUAGAUAUAGUUAUACUCUACAGAUCAAAUGUACAAGAGACUUAACCUGUAUCAUAUUUGCUUUGGAGAAAACACCAAAAUAUGAAUAUUCAAAAAUUGGUUUAAAACCGGUUGAUUAGAAAUUCUAGUUCUAGAAGAGUUUGUAGUUCUCAGGGGAGAAGACAGAAACUAUUCUGGAGGCACACUGAGUUUAUCAUCAUAGUUUACUUAAGUAGAACAUGCUGAUAUAUCUUAUUUAUUAAGAUAUAGGCUUGAACGUGAAAGUAGAAUACUUCAAUUUAGAGGAUAUGAAUAUGUAAGAGUUAUUGUACUGCUUCUAUUUCAAUCUGUGUCAAAAGAUGAAAACUAGGGAUCAAUAAAUUUAAAUGGUAUAAUCAGGUCUGUCUGUUUCUUUUCUAAAAGAAUAUGUACAUGUGUGUGGUUUAAAAAAAAUAUUAUUUUGUGUGUAAGAUACGUGUUAAAAUCACAAAAAUAAGUGCUUUGAGUUAAAUGUUAAGCUGAGAAAUCCUUUGAGAGAAGAAUGUCAUGUUCAC